UCUAUCAGAGCCUGGUGGCCAUCUAACUCGUCCACUGUCAGAAUACUUUUAUCUGCUGAAACUAAUCUAUUGUGUAUUGAACUGAGGGGGAAAAAAAGAAAAUAUGAAUCCUGCCAAACUUAGAAGCAGAACAGAAAAUCAUUUCAAAGCCGAAGAAGAACAAGAAAUGGAUAAUUUAGGGAAAAAAGCUUGGGAUAACCCAGCAUACGAUGGUUCUCCAUCGCCAAAGAUUAAAGCAAUCUACAAUCCAAAAACCAUGCUGGAGAAUCCUUAUGACAGUAUGGACCAUUUGGGAGACCCACCACCCUAUCGCGAGCACCAGAGGCCCAAGAAACCCAAUUUCUGUUCAUUAUGCUGUUGUCACAUUGCUAAAGGAAUAAGAGGACUUUGGGGAACAACUCUAACCGAAGAUACAGCUGAAAACAGAGAACUUUAUGUAAAGACCACCCUGCGAGAACUACUGGUGUACAUAGUCUUCCUGAUGGACAUCUGUCUCUUGACUUACGGAAUGACCAGCUCUAAUUCCUACUAUUACACAAAUGUGAUGUCCAAUCUAUUCCUGACUACACCAGCAGACAAUGGAGUAACGUUUACGACCAUCAGCAGCAUGGCGGAUUUUUGGACGUAUUCACAGGGCCCUUUACUUGAUGGCCUUUAUUGGACCAAAUGGUACAACAACGCAACUCUAGUUAAUACUUCUAACUCCUUUAUCUACUAUGAGAAUCUGUUACUUGGGGUUCCACGUAUACGUCAGCUGAAGGUUAAGAACAAUUCUUGUGUCGUAUACAAGGAUUUCAGAGAAGACAUCUCUGGAUGCUUUGACGUGUACUCCGAGGACAAAGAGGACCACAUGCCCUUUGGACUUUAUAAUGGGACGCCGUGGACUUAUUACACAGAGGACGAACUUGGAGGAUCAUCUCACUGGGGAAAAUUGGCAACUUACAGUGGGGGAGGAUAUUAUCUAGAUCUUGAGCUAACCAAACAAGACAGUCAGAGGGAUUUGCAAAUAUUGAAAAAUAACCUCUGGUUAGAUCGAGGGACCCGUGCUGUGUUUGUUGACUUUUCAGUAUACAAUGCUAACAUCAACCUAUUCUGUGUUUUAAGGCUUGUUGUAGAAUUUCCAGCAACUGGUGGCGCAAUACCAUCAUGGCAAAUUCGCACUGUCAAACUUAUUCGAUAUGUGAGCGGAUGGGACUAUUUCAUCAUUGCCUGUGAAAUUAUCUUUUGUGUAUUCAUCUUUUACUAUGUUGUGGAAGAGAUGCUGGAACUGAGAAUUCAUAAAUUCAAAUACUUUACAAGUAUUUGGAAUAUACUGGAUGUGGUCGUUAUACUGCUUUCAUUGGUAGCUAUUGCAUUCCACAUUUUCCGAACUCUGGAGGUGAACAGACUCAUGGGAACGCUAUUAGAGGAGCCUUCGACGUACGCAGACUUUGAAUUUUUGGCUUUUUGGCAAACACAAUACAACAACAUGAAUGCUGUGAAUCUUUUCUUUGCAUGGAUUAAAAUCUUUAAAUACAUUAGCUUCAACAAGACAAUGACCCAGCUCUCGUCUACACUUGCCCGUUGUGCAAAGGAUAUUUUGGGUUUUGCAAUCAUGUUCUUCAUAGUUUUUUUUGCAUACGCACAACUAGGAUAUCUUCUGUUUGGGACCCAAGUGGAAAACUUUAGCACCUUUGUCAAGUGCAUAUUUACCCAGUUCCGCAUUAUCCUGGGUGACUUUGAUUAUGAUGCCAUUGAUAAUGCCAACAGAAUAUUGGGACCGAUUUAUUUUGUUACUUAUGUUUUCUUUGUGUUCUUUGUAUUGUUGAAUAUGUUUUUGGCCAUCAUCAAUGAUACAUACUCUGAAGUGAAGGAAGAGCUUUCAAACCAAAAGAAUGAGCUGCAAUUUUCUGACAUUUUAAAACAGGGUUACAGGAAGACAUUGCUGAAGCUUAAACUAAAGAAAGAGCGCAUUUCAGAUGUGCAGAAAGCUUUGCAAAAUGGCACAAAAGAAUUGGAAUUUGAAGAGUUUAAAAAUAGCUUAAAAGAGAUGGGCCAUGAUGACCAUGAAAUUACUGCAGCCUUUUCCAGAUUUGACCAAGAUGGUAACAGAGUUCUAGAUGAAGAUGAACAAAAACAAAUGAGAAACAUCUUAGAGGAAAGGAGGGUGGCUCUGAAUGCUGAGAUUGAGAAUCUGGGAAGAUCAUACAGAAACAAAGAUUUAAAUGAAGGUGUGAAUCUCACAGAAUUAAAGAACGCGUCUGCUAAAGCAAGUUGGGUGUCACAAGAAGAAUUCACGAUAUUUCUAAAGAGACUCCAGCAACUGGAAUUGUCCAUUGGUGGAAUAAUGAGAAAAAUAGAAUCGGUUGAAAUGAAACUCGAGACCAUGGAAACCAACAAAAUGAAGCAGACAAACAUUGUAGAUAAUCUGCAGAACAAUAUUGUAAAAGAAAAACAAAUUAGCCAGGAAGAAAUGCUCCAUCGCAACCUGGGACAGCUUGUUAAAGAGGAGAAGGAAGGAUGGGAGUCAGAAUAUAAGUCUAGGAAUAUUACGGACCCUUCCCACAGAAACAGCAAUACGCACUACCCAAACAUGGCUGUCUCACAGAAUUCCUUAAAUUUCCCUUAGAUCCAACACUGCUUGCAGUCUAAUAUUGUGUAUAGUUUACAACUGUCUCACCUUUUAAAUUGCCUACAAAAUACUUAAGAGAUUAUAUUUUAAAUAACGGAGCUAUUUCUUUAAUGUUGCACUUAAAAUUGUAUUUCAAGCAGACUAACAU